AUGAACUCAAAUUCAACAGGAGAGGAAGUGCAACAGGGUCGCAAUGAGAAGCUGGCGCAGCUCGAGGUGGCGGUUCAAGGUGUAAUUCUAGCCUUCGCUUUAGUAGGUAACGGCCUGGUGUUAUUUGCAUUAACGCAACACGGUCGUAAAAUCACCCGGCUGAGAUUCUGCAUUUUGCAUCUGGCCAUCGCUGACAUCCUGGUAGCAUUGUUUAACAUCUUGCCGCAAAUGAUAUGGGACAUAACGUACAGAUUCCAGGGAAAUGACCUGCUCUGUAGGCUGGUGAAAUUCGCACAGGUGUUCGUGAUGUAUUUAUCUACCUACAUACUCGUGAUUACGGCCAUUGACAGAUAUAUAGCCAUUUGUCACCCCUUUUACUUUGAAGGGGCCAGCAAGAGGCGCGUUAAAAUAAUGGUGAUAAUAGCCUGGUUUCUAGCAAUUGCAUUCAGCGCCCCCCAGACCAUUAUCUUCAAAUAUCAGCUAAUCGACCCAGACCCAAUGACGUUUGACUGCUGGGCUACAUUCCAACCUCCUUGGACCAUGACUGCGUACAUAACUUGCUUUACUUUUCUGAUCUACAUAAUACCACUUGCUAUUUUAGUGUACACUUAUGGAAGGAUAGGGCUUGCCGUGUGGGGAGGCUGUUGUAACCCCACCCACAGGUACACUCACGCCUUAGCACCGACCCACGUGUCACAUGUGUUCUCCGCGGAUACAUCGGCCACUCCCUCUCCGCCGUCAUCAAGACCGAAUCUUAACGAACAGACUUUUACCGACAGUAGAAAGUUCUUCAACAAUGAAUCUGGCAAAUCGGUGCCUCAAAAAGUGAUUAAAACCAUUCGCUUGACGUUUGUGGUUGUGAUUGCAUAUAUCAUUUGCUGGAGUCCUUUCUUCGUCACUCAGCUGUGGUGGUCGUAUGAUACUUCAGCACCAACUGACAGUGGAGUAUUUGUGAUAAUGUUACUCCUGGCUAGCCUCAACAGCUGUUGUAACCCAUGGAUAUAUCUCGUCUUCAGCGGUGGCCUCCUUAAGUCAUCUCUGCCGUGCUUCAGUCAGCACGCUGUACAUUAUAAUGGAGCAAAGCGACCAAAAGUCAAAGUAAGAUUUCCCUUGAAGGAAAUUCCCAUACAGACUGUCUACUUCCGUUCUAUGCGCAAGUCACCAUGGGAGCGGAAGUGCCCACAGGACAGAGGGUACAUGUGUGCAGGAACCUGUGCCCUCACGUACGACACGCAGUUCUCAGACAUUCUCACUCCAUGGGGUACCCGGACACGAUGCGUUCCAAAGAAGCACUAUCUGAAUCACGCAGACCACAGGCCACUAGCAGAAACAGACAAAAGGCGAGCUUGUGGGAACAUGGAAACGUGGCUGUAUCAAACCAAGAUAUGGUGUGCUCAUUUGAUCAAGGAGAGGAAUGUCGGACUGGUCCUGCGGAGAGACAGACCGUGUAAAAUAUAUCUGAAAAUUUCGUGUUGA